AUGUCUCCUAAGCCUUAUCUAACAAAGCACAAAUGUUUCCUACUUCUUCUCCUCAUUCUCUCCCUACUUGCCCUCCACCUGACCUGUACUUUGCAUUCUAGCUCACAUCGUCUUCUUCCCCAAUUCAAUGGCUAUCUCUCUCGAAAUUCCCAUAGAAAUCUUAGGGAAUUACCAAGUUGGUAUAAGUUCUUGGCAAACAAAUUCAUAGAUAGGAAGAUGAGAAUUGGUUUGGUGAAUGUGAAAUUUCAGGGUGGAUUAUUACACGAGGAAAAUGUGGAUAUAGUAAACGUGAAAUUCCAACGUGUCUCUGAAAAAAUUGAGUGGAAUCACUUGUUUCCUGGGUGGAUUGAUGAGGACAACGCUAUGGGCCAACAUGAGUGCCCAACGGUUCCCAUUCCGGACCUUGGAAAGUACAAGAAGCUCGAUGUGGUGGUGGCGAGGGUGCCAUGUGGUCGCAAUAGUACAAGAGAUGUUUAUAGGUUACAAGUGAACUUGAUAGUUGCUAACUUGUUGGUGAAAUGCGGGUGGAAUAAUCACGAUGUUCACCAAACAGGUUACGCAGUGUUUAUCGGCGAAUGUGAACCGAUGUUUGAGAUUUUUCGAUGUAAUGAUUUGCUGUGGCAUCAAAAAGAUGUUAGAAUUUAUAAGCCGAGCUUAACAAAAUUGAAGCAAAAGCUCGUUAUGCCUGUUGGUUCUUGCCAACUUGCUCGUCCGUUCGCUGAACAAGGAAAAGAAAUAUGGAGAAGAUAUGGGUUAAUAGCAGCAAAAAGAAGAAUCUACAAACCAAGAGAAGCCUACGUGACAGUUCUCCACUCAUCCGAAGCCUAUGUGUGCGGGGCAAUUACAUUAGCUCAAAGCAUCAUACAAUCCAACUCAACCAGAGAUCUAAUCCUCCUAGCAGAUUCCUCAAUCUCCCCGAAAUCCCUCCGAGCUCUCCAGCAAGCGGGCUGGAAGAUCAAGCCGAUCCAACGGAUCCGAAGCCCCCACGCCAAGAAUCACGCCUACAACGAGUGGAACUACAGCAAGCUGAGGAUAUGGGAGCAGCUGACAGAGUACGAGAAAGCCAUGUUCGUGGACUCCGAUGUCGUAGUCUUCAAAAACAUGGACGAGUUCUUCGUCUACCCGGAGCUGUCCGCCGCCAAGAACCACGGCCACUUGUUCAACUCCGGGGUGAUGAUCGUGGAGCCCUCCAAGUGCACAUUCGAAUCCCUAAUGGAGAAGAGGCCCGACGUCGUUUCGUACAACGGCGGCGACCAGGGUUUCCUGAACGAAAUGUUCGCGUGGUGGCACCGUUUGCCGAUGAGAGUGAAUCGCCUCAAGGUUUUCACGGGAGCUUCUGGGAAUCAACACGCGCUUCCUGAGGACGUGUACGCCAUUCACUAUUUGGGGUUGAAGCCCUGGAAAUGUAGCCAAGAUUAUGAUUGCAAUUGGGAUAAGGUGGCGUACCAGAAGUUUGCCAGCGACUCGGCGUUUCAGCGGUGGCGGCAAGUGUACAAUAAAAUGCCGGAAGGGCUCCGGGAGUUCUGCGCACCCAUUCCCAAAAUGAACAGGGAAUUCAAAGCUUAG